GUUAAACCCCAAUUUGGAGUCGAGGUCGAGGGUUUUGUAAUUGUUUUACAGGGGAAAAGACCAUCUUCACCCAGAGCAGAGCUAUUAUCACGAUCAAAUUAAUCCUGUAGUUUCCUCAGCAUCUCAAAAUGCUGUCUUUUCGUGGAAGUAUUCAGUUGGUUCAAAGGCAUUACUGUACUGCGAACACUUCUUCACUUAUAACAAGAUUUCUUUCUUCGAAAUCUACAGGUCAUCUACUUGAGCGAUUACCGCAAGGGCUCCCUUCUCCAUCGCAGCAGGUAAAUUUUGGCUCUCAAACUGAGUCAUCGACAUCAGUCAACUAUUAUGGUAGAAGUACAAGUGCGGGUAUGUUUCAACCUUUUGCUAGUAGGUGCAUUUCGACGGUUGGAAAUUCUGUUGCAUCAGCUUCACAAUAUUCUUCUGCUGCUGUCCCUAAUGUAGCUCCCCGCAUUAAAUUCAAGAGGCUUGAUAAAACUGCUAGGCACAUAAUGCAGAUUCUAGAUAAGGAAGCUGUGGAGGAAGUGAAGGGACAGAGAGAGAUACCAGAUAUUAGGCCUGGUUACAUUGUGCAACUUAAAGUGGAAGUCCCUGAGAAUAAAAGACGUGUUUCAAUUGUGAAGGGUAUUGUUAUAGCCAGGCGUAAUGCUGGUCUAAAUACUACAUUUAGAUUAAGGAGGCUGGUAGCUGGGGUUGGAGUUGAAAAUCUCUUCAUGCUAUACUCGCCCAACAUAAAGGAGAUAAAAGUGUUGGACAAGAAGAAAGUGAGGAGGGCCAAACUUUACUAUCUCAGGGACCGGAUGAAUCCUCUCAAGAAGUAGUCGGAAGAUUUACUGUUAGUUCCUUGGGAAAGAUGUUGGGUCUGGAUUACCUUUGUGACAGUGUCUUGAACUAUUUUUGCGUCCAAUUUACCCUAUUUGGUGCUUUUGUUAUUUUAUGGAAAUUAGUCUUAUCUUGUAAGCUUCUCAUUCAUCUUUUAAGGGUUUUUUUGUUUGCGUGUAAUUUGCAGCUCGGUGUGUUUUAACGUUAUAGAUUACAAUGUAACAACCAAGCAUGCCAAUGUGUGUUUGUCAAACUCUGAACUGUGCUUGAGCAUUGCAACUACAAAUGACGCAUUCUGGUUUAUUUAGCAAUCUUUUGUGA